CCGGGUUUAGUGCAGGCGAGAAGAAAUAUAAGGCUUGGAUGCUGAUAUCCUGCUCUGCCAAAGAGUCCUACAACGAUCCCCAGCAUACCGUCUACACAAUAUGGUAGCACGCCACGGGAGGAACGAGAUCCGGGCCCAGCGCCUGGCUGAACCUCUCAAAUUCAGCUUCGCCAAUCGGACGGCCACCAACCGAUUCUUAAAGGCGGCCAUGACCGAAAGAAUGUCGUCGUGGGAUCCAGUCGACACCGAAUCCCGGGGCAUUCCCUCGGAUCGAUUGAUCAAUCUCUACCGACGAUGGGGAGAGGGCGAAAUCGGAACCAUCCUAACUGGAAAUAUCAUGAUUGACCCGAUCAAUCUGGAAUCUCCCGGAAACGCCAUCAUCCCACCAAACGCGGCGUAUUCAGGGGAGCGGUUCGAACGAUUCCAGGCACUUGCGUCCGCGGCCUCCUUCACGCACGCGGCUCAAUUCCUGUACAAGGCCGGGUUCGAUGGAAUCCAACUCCACGGGGCGCAUGGGUACCUCCUGGCACAGUUCCUAUCCAGAGCAACGAACAAACGAACGGACCAAUACGGCGGGUCGAUGUAUAAUCGUAGCCGCCUUGUCCUCGAGAUCGCGAGAUCCAUCAGACAGUCGAUCCCAGAGUCGACAGGCUUUAUCCUGGGUAUCAAGUUAAACUCGGUGGAGUUCCAAGAGGAGGGAUUUUCCCCCGACGAAUGUCGCGAGCUGUGCCAGAUUCUCGAAACAGAUGCGCAGUUUGACUUUGUGGAACUUUCGGGCGGGACCUAUGAAGACGUAGCCUUUGAGCAUAAGCGCGAUUCGACUCGGCGGCGAGAGGCCUUUUUCCUCGAGUUCGCCGACGCCGUGGCGCUGGUUUUGUCUCAGACCAAGGUCUUCGUUACCGGUGGCUUCCGCACCGUGCAGGCGAUGGAGGCCGCGUUGGAGACGGUGGAUGGCGUGGGCAUGGCCCGGCCAUUCUGUGCGGAGCCCUUCCUUGCCUCGGAUACGCUGGCCGGGAGAGUCAGGACGGGCACGAUUGACACUGGGCUAAGCCAGUAUGACUAUGGAAUGACGGAGACUGUUGCUGGGGUGGAGAUGCGGCAGAUCAGUCAAGACCAGGCGCCGAUCGACCUGACCCAGAAGGCGAAUUUGGAUGCAUUCGAGGAGUCCGUCAUGAAAUGGGAGCAAGAUUUGGCUGCGGAUAAGGACACACUGAAAAUGGCUGGGUUUCCUGAAGUCAAGGGGGCUGAGUUGCAGCCAUUGGAGAGGCUCUUGGCCAAGAUCUCACGCUUUUAA